GAAGCUCAGCCCGGCGUCGCCGCAAGAGCGCCAGAGGCGCGGCGGGAGGAGCUGGCGGCGCGCGCCUCGCUGGGCCCGGACUCGGCCGCCUCCCGCCGCCUCCCGCGCGGCCAUGGACUGAGAGCCGCCGGCCAGGCCGCGGGGAUGGGGCCGCCGCUCCCGCUGCUGCUGCUGCUACUGCUGCUGCUGCCGCCACGCGUCCUGCCUGCCGCCCCCUCGUCCGUCCCCCACGGCCGGCAGCUCCCGGGGCGCCUGGGCUGCCUACUCGAGGAGGGCCUCUGCGGAGCGUCCGAGGCCUGUGUGAACGAUGGAGUGUUUGGAAGGUGCCAGAAGGUUCCGGCAAUGGACUUUUACCGCUACGAGGUGUCGCCCGUGGCCCUGCAGCGCCUGCGCGUGGCUUUGCAGAAACUCUCCGGCACAGGUUUCACGUGGCAGGAUGACUAUACUCAGUAUGUGAUGGACCAGGAACUUGCAGACCUCCCCAAAACCUACCUGAGGCAUCCUGAAGCGUCCGGCCCAGCCAGGCCCUCAAAACACAGCAUUGGCAGUGAGAGGAGGUACAGUCGGGAGGGCGGCGCUGCCCUGGCCAAGGCCUUCCGACGCCACCUGCCCUUCCUGGAGGCCCUGUCCCAGGCCCCAGCUUCAGACGCGCUCGCCAGGACCCGGAUGGCGCAGGACAGACCCCGUGCUGAGGGUGACGACCGCUUCUCCAAGAGCAUCCUGACCUAUGUGGCCCACACGUCUGUGCUGACCUACCCUCCCGGGCCCCAGGCCCAGCUCCCCGAGGACCUCCUGCCGCGGACCCUCAGCCAGCUCCAGCCAGACGAGCUCAGCCCUAAGGUGGACAGCAGUGUGGAGAGACACCAUCUGAUGGCAGCCCUCGGUGCCUAUGCUGCCCAGAGGCCCCCAGCUCCCCCUGGGAAGGGCAGCCUGGAGCCGCAGUACCUUCUGCGCGCCCCGUCCAGAAUGCCCAGGCCCUUGUUGUCGCCAGCCGUCCCCCAGAAGUGGCCUUCACCUCUGGGAGAUCCUGAAGACCCCCCCAGCACAGGGGAAGGAGCACGGAUUCACACUCUCCUGAAGGACCUGCAGAGGCAGCCGGCUGAGGCGAGGGGCCUGAGUGACCUGGAGCUGGACAGCAUGGCCGAGCUGAUGGCUGGCCUGAUGCAAGGCAUGGACCACAGAGGAGCUCUAGGCGGCCCUGGGAAAGCGGCCCUGGGAGAGUCUGGAGAACAGGCGGAUGGCCCCAAGGCCGCCCUCCGUGGGGAAAGCUUUCCAGAUGACGGAGUUCAGGACGACGAUGACAGACUUUAUCAAGAGGUCCAUCGUCUGAGUGCCACACUCGGGGGCCUCCUGCAGGACCACGGGUCUCGACUCUCGCCUGGAGCCCUCCCCUUUGCAAAGCCCCUCAAAAUGGAGAGGAAGAAAUCCGAGCGCCCUGAGGCUUCCCUGUCUUCAGAAGAGGAGACUGCCGGAGUGGAGAACGUCAAGAGCCAGACGUAUUCCAAAGACCUGCUGGGGCAGCAGCCGCAUUCGGAGCCCGGGGCAGGCGCGUUUGGGGAGCUCCAAAACCAGAUGCCUGGGCCCUCGGAGGAGGAGCAGAGCCUUCCAGCGGGUGCUCAGGAGGCCCUCGGCGACGGCCUGCAAUUGGAAGUCAAGCCUUCCGAGGAAGAGGCACGGGGCUACAUCGUGACAGACAGAGACCCCCUGCGCCCCGAGGAAGGAAGGCAGCUGGUGGAGGACGUCGCCCGCCUCCUGCAGAUGCCCAGCAGCGCAUUCGCCGACGUGGAGGUUCUCGGACCAGCAGUGACCUUCAAAGUGGGCGCCAAUGUCCAGAACGUGACCACUGCGGAUGUGGAGAAGGCCACAGUUGACAACAAAGACAAACUGGAGGAAACCUCUGGACUGAAAAUUCUUCAAACCGGAGUCGGGUCGAAAAGCAAACUCAAGUUCCUGCCUCCUCAGGCGGAGCAAGAAGACUCAACCAAGUUCAUCGCGCUCACCCUGGUCUCCCUCGCCUGCAUCCUGGGCGUCCUCCUGGCCUCUGGCCUCAUCUACUGCCUACGCCAUAGCUCUCAGCACAGGCUGAAGGAGAAGCUCUCGGGACUAGGGCGCGACCCGGGCGCAGAUGCCACCGCCGCCUACCAGGAGCUGUGCCGCCAGCGUAUGGCCACGCGGCCACCAGACCGGCCCGAGGGCCCGCACACAUCCCGCAUCAGCAGCGUCUCGUCCCAGUUCAGCGACGGGCCGAUGCCCAGCCCCUCCGCACGUAGCAGCGCCUCGUCCUGGUCCGAGGAGCCCGUGCAGUCCAACAUGGACAUCUCCACCGGCCACAUGAUCCUGUCCUACAUGGAGGACCACCUGAAGAACAAGAACCGGCUGGAGAAGGAGUGGGAGGCGCUGUGUGCCUACCAGGCGGAGCCCAACAGCUCACUUGUGGCCCAGAAGGAGGAGAAUGUGCCCAAGAACCGCUCCCUGGCCGUGCUGACCUAUGACCACUCCCGGGUCCUACUGAAGGCGGAGAACAGCCACAGCCACUCGGACUACAUCAACGCCAGCCCCAUCAUGGAUCACGACCCGAGGAACCCCGCGUACAUCGCCACCCAGGGACCGCUGCCCGCCACCGUGGCCGACUUUUGGCAGAUGGUGUGGGAGAGCGGCUGCGUGGUGAUCGUCAUGCUGACGCCCCUCACAGAGAACGGCGUCCGGCAGUGCUACCACUACUGGCCAGAUGAAGGCUCCAACCUCUACCACAUCUAUGAGGUGAACCUGGUCUCCGAGCACAUCUGGUGCGAGGACUUUCUGGUGAGGAGCUUCUAUCUGAAGAACCUGCAGACCAACGAGACGCGCACCGUGACCCAGUUCCACUUCCUGAGUUGGUAUGACCGAGGAGUCCCCUCCUCCUCAAGAUCCCUCCUGGACUUCCGCAGAAAAGUAAACAAGUGCUACAGGGGCCGUUCUUGUCCAAUAAUUGUUCAUUGCAGUGACGGUGCAGGCCGGAGCGGCACCUACGUCCUGAUCGACAUGGUUCUCAACAAGAUGGCCAAAGGUGCUAAAGAGAUUGAUAUCGCAGCAACCCUGGAGCACUUGAGGGACCAGAGACCCGGCAUGGUCCAGACGAAGGAGCAGUUUGAGUUCGCGCUGACAGCCGUGGCUGAAGAGGUGAACGCCAUCCUCAAGGCCCUUCCCCAGUGAGCGGCGGCCUCGGGGCCUCGGGGGAGCCCCCACCCCACGGAUGUCGUCAGGAAUCGUGAUCUGACUUUAAUUGUGUGUCUUCUAUUAUAACUGCAUAGUAAUAGGGCCCUUAGCUCUCCCGUAGUCAGCGCAGUUUAGCAGUUAAGCAGUUAAAAUGUGUAUUUUUGUUUAAUCAAACAAUAAUAAAGAGAGAUUUGUGGAAAAAUCCAGUUAUAGGUGGAGGAGAAUCAGUUCAUCGAUUUUCACUUGCUUAAAAAAAAUACUUUUUCUUAAAGCACCCAUUCCCGUUCUUAGCUGCAAGUAAUGUUGCGUGAACAAUGCGGUAGCCAGUACGUUCAAGGCAGUUUGCAGGAAGAGUGUGCUUGUCAUCUGCCGCUUUUGGGAGGGUGGGUCUGCUGUGCAGGAGGGGCCGGGGAAGCCGGCAGCACUCAGUGAGGCCGCCCGGCGCACAAGACACAUUUGGCAUUUGUCUUUAAGACAGUUUAUCAUUGGGAGAAGCCACGGGGUCAGAACUGAACAUCCUGCAGCUUCGGGGCAAGUGAGACAAUCACAGCACCUCACUGCAUCUCCAUCAACACUGCCCUGGGCACCAUGGACAGCCCCCAUCAGCCACACCUGUCACCCCAAGCAGAAAGAUUCAGGGGCUCCCCGGGGGCAGACACCUGUCCACCCCAUGGGUAGUGCCCACUUGAGGCUGGCACUCCCCUGACCUCACCUUUGCAAAGUUACAGAUGCCCCAACAUUGAGAUGUGUAUUUAAUGUUAAAAGAUUGAUUUCUACAUUAUGAAAACAGACGCCCCCGUGAAUGCUCACCUGUGAGAUAACCAGAACCAGGAAGAGUCUGGGCAUUGAGCAAGCUCUGAGGGUCCCCAAGAGCACAUGAACCCUGCCAGGCCCCUGCUGGCUCCUCCAGGCACAUCCCGGACCUGUGGGGCCACAGAGAGGGCCCUGAACAUUUCCCUCCCGGGAGAGGAGGAGGUCAGGGCGGCCCAGAGAGGGCUGCGAGGAUUUCGCUCCCAGGAGAGGAGAUCAGGGCCACCUGCACACACUGCUUAGAGCCUGGAAGGGAACCACGUGUUCUGACAUCAUGUAAACCUCAGCACACAGAGAUACUCGGAUUUGACAGAAUAACAUUUGAGUAUCAGAUUCGCCCUCACCCCCUACCCUAGAAAUAGGACAAUUCACUUCAUUAAACCCAGGACAAUCACAUGGAAGGCAGUGCAGAGGCAGCUGUGUGGGCUGCAGAUUUCCUGUGUGGGGUUAAGGAUAGAAAACACAUCUCCUUCCGGCCCUUCCCGCAGCUUUUUCCUCCACCUUAGAUAGAUUGUGCUCUCCAGGCCGCACCAGAGGGAACGCGGCCUACUGAGCGGACAGAAUGAUGCCGAAAUAUUGCUUAUGUCUCUAUGUGGUAUUGUAAUGAAUAUCUGCUUUAAUGUAGCUAUCAUUUCUUUUCCAAAAUUACUUCUCUUUAUCUGGAAUUUAAUUAAUAGAAAUGAAUUUAUCUGAAUAUAGGAAGCAUAUACCUACUUGUAAUUUCUAACUCCUUAUGUUUGAAGAGAAACCUCCGGUGUGAGAUAUAUAAAUAUAUUUAAUUGUGUCAUAUUAAACUUCUGAUUUCACA